CUAUUUAUUAAUUGACGCCGGUCCACUAUUUUUACUAAUAUUUAUUACUUUGAUGAAUCGAUAAGAUGAUGAUGUUUUGAAUUUGGCUUUUUUCGUAACAACUAGUAUCACUGUUAUCAGAAUUAAUGUAUUAGCAAAAGUAACGAUAACAAUUUUACAGGAUGAUUAAAAACUGCUUUUUAGUCAAACUAGGAUAAUAUAGAAUUAUAAAAAAAUCGCUGACAAAAAAAAGAGUCAUAAACUAUUCAUUUCAAAAUCAACGAUACAAAAUCAUUUACAUAAAAUAAAUCUUCAAAACCAAACCUAAUUAACAUAUAUGAAAUGUAAAAUAUUUUAAAAUUUUAAAAUGCAAAUAUUGAAUGAUCAUAUAAUUCUUCGGAGUAUCAAAGAUUCAUCAGACAAGUGUAUGAAUCCUUGGAAUCUCAAUGCCACAUAAUCCUCUUUAAUACAUAUUCAGAUCAUAUAUAUGUUGGGUUUUUAUUUUAUUUUAUUUUAAAAAUCAAAUGGCGUAGACAUUUUUAUUACUAUUGUUUUAUAAUCAAGUGGCGUGGGUUAGAUAAUAAUUAAGCUUAGAAAGUAGAAACGAACACGGGAAUUGACUUAUAGGACACGAUUUAAUUUAUAAUAAAAUCUUCUCCUUCAUUGAGCGACCAAAUAUAUUUAGGUUAGAUACCAAAUCUCUAGUUUGAAAUUUGAGAUGAAAAUAAUAAUAAACAUACAGAUAGGUGAAAGUGGGGUAUUUUGUAAAUCAUGCAACUUCACCGUGUAAUAUAUAGUUUUAUUGAAGCUAAUAAUUCACGCUCUUAUGUUCUUUUUCCUCAAAAUCAACUAAGAAAACUAAUAACAUGUAGCAAACUAUCGGAAGAUAAAUAAACGGUCAACAACGGCCAUUAUGUAUGGCUAAAUCUCUUUACAUCACAACAUUAACAAAUUGAGAUUUUAUAACUCACAAAUCUUGAGAUUUCAUUAUCAAGUAAUUACAAAAUGGGUAACGUUACGAAUGCAAGUUUAUUAUAAUGCUACACCACAAUCAAUACUCUAUAUAUGAUAAAGGGAUGAAAAACCAAUCCUUCUAACGUCUCAAGAAGUAAUGACUUCAAAGAAAAAAGGAAGCAGUGGACGGCAAAGGAUACGGAUGGCAAAGAUAGAGAAAGAGAGCCACAGGCAAGUAGCAUUCUCCAAACGCAGAGCUGGUCUCUUCAAGAAAGCUAGCGAGUUAUGCACUUUGUGCGGUGUAGAGGUCGCAAUAAUCGUAUUCUCACCCGCCAAAAAGCCUUUCUCGUUCGGCCAUCCAAGCGUCUACUCCGUGCUGGAUCGAUACAGGAACAAUACUUCUUUUCAGCAGCAAAGUCAACCGAUGGAAAACACAGCAACGAGGAGCGAGUUGAGUUUGGUGUUGAGCCAAGUGGAGGAAGAGAAGAAGAAAGGUGAGAAGAUGAGGAAAGCGAGUGAGAUGGCUAAAUGGUCGGUGGAUGAAAUGAGUUUGCUUCAGUUACAGGAAAUGAGAUAUGCGCUAGAGGAGCUGAGGAACACAAUGGUGGUGCCUCCUCCUUCUUACAUGAACCCAAUGUCUACUGGUUUUUCUUGUAUUUAUAAUUCAAGCUAUGUACAUGCUUCUUCCUGAGUCACAUAUAAACUGUGAUAAAAAGGAAAGAAGGAUAUUUACAGUUAUAGAUGGUAGUAGUGCUUUUUGGCUAUGGACAUGCUUGCUCUUUUUUCAAUUUUGGUUAUAUAUUGUUUCUCAUUUACUAAAUGUUUUGUGGCCUUUCAUAACGUAUAAAACAGAACCUGAGUUGAGCGUUAAUAAUUUUCAUAAUUAAGUAGUUGAUUUUAAUGGGAAUAUAUGUAAAAACAAAAAAAGAUGGUGGUUCAGCUGGGUACGAGCCACCAGACCAUGCUGGAUCUGAGUGGCUUUGAGCUGUUAUCCGUCCACUGUCGAGAGAGGGAGGUGAUCGCUGCUCUGUGAAACCAGCCUCACGCAUUGCCCUCCUCUUUAGGAACCGCCUGAGCCAAGCCUUCGCUCAGCACACAUGGAUCACUCUCGGCUUGGACCGGGCAGCCCAGAACAUGCCACAACAGAUCCGACCUGUGGGCCCGGGCCAGUGUUCCACCAUCUUAUUGUCCCCACAUAGGUCACAAGCCCUCGCUACUGAGCUCGACGUACAAUUGUUUGAUUGAGGACU